GGGGCUCUGGGACCUUUGGGAUUCUCGUCAAGCUCAUUCCGGGACCUGCAAGGACCUAACGAGCCCCCGAGGAGCUGAGCAUGACCCGCGACGCGGCACUGCCUGGCUCUCACUCCACACAUGGCUUCUACGAGAAUUAUGAGCCCAAGGAGAUCCUGGGCAGAGGAGUUAGCAGUGUGGUCAGGCGCUGCAUCCACAAGCCCACGUGCAAGGAGUAUGCCGUGAAGAUCAUUGAUGUCACUGGUGGAGGCAGCUUCAGCGCUGAGGAGGUGCAGGAGCUGCGAGAAGCCACGCUGAAGGAGGUGGACAUCCUACGCAAGGUCUCGGGGCACCCCAACAUCAUACAGCUGAAGGACACUUAUGAGACCAACACUUUCUUCUUCUUGGUGUUUGACCUGAUGAAGAAAGGGGAGCUCUUUGACUACCUCACUGAGAAGGUCACCUUGAGUGAGAAGGAAACCCGAAAAAUCAUGAGGGCCCUGCUGGAGGUGAUCUGCGCUUUGCACAAACUCAACAUUGUGCAUCGGGACCUGAAGCCCGAGAACAUCCUCUUGGAUGAUGACAUGAACAUCAAGCUCACAGACUUCGGCUUUUCCUGCCAGCUGGACCCCGGAGAGAAGCUGCGAGAGGUCUGUGGGACCCCCAGUUACUUGGCUCCUGAGAUCAUCGAGUGCUCCAUGAAUGACAACCACCCAGGCUAUGGGAAGGAGGUGGACAUGUGGAGCACAGGGGUCAUCAUGUACACCCUGCUGGCCGGCUCCCCGCCCUUCUGGCACCGGAAGCAGAUGCUGAUGCUGAGGAUGAUCAUGAGUGGCAACUACCAGUUUGGCUCACCGGAAUGGGAUGAUUACUCCGACACGGUCAAGGACUUGGUUUCUCGCUUCUUGGUGGUCCAGCCCCAGAAGCGCUACACGGCUGAAGAGGCCCUGGCACACCCCUUCUUCCAGCAGUACGUGGUGGAGGAAGUGCGCCACUUCAGCCCCCGGGGGAAGUUCAAGGUGAUCUGCCUAACCGUGCUGGCUUCGGUGCGCAUCUACUACCAGUACCGCCGGGUGAAGCCCGUCACCAGGGAGAUCGUCAUCCGGGACCCCUACGCCCUCCGACCUCUGCGCCGCCUCAUCGACGCCUACGCUUUCCGAAUCUACGGCCACUGGGUGAAGAAGGGGCAGCAGCAGAACCGGGCUGCCCUCUUUGAGAACACCCCCAAGGCUGUGCUCUUCUCGCUGGCUGAGGAUGACUACUGAGGGGGCAGGCACGCGGGGGAGGCAUGAGGCCCCCGCCAGGAGCCCCCUCCCCGGGUGCUGAAGCCAGCGAUGGACGGACCCCGACCCCGGGCCAGGCGCCAUUCCUGAGGAGGGAGGACCAGAUGCGGUCCGGGGGCAGAGCCCUUGCUUCGUGGGAGGCGCAAAAUCUCUAACACCCCUGCUGCUGUCUUCCCUGAUUCCCAGGGCGAGGCUAAAACACGGGACAUGUUUAGAGAUGCGCAGUCACACGAUGUGCACUGGCAUCCGGGGACUUGGUCCGAGAGGCCCAGGGAAGCCCUUAGGUAUAUUAGCAAUAGAAGAGGAAGCUUCUGAUACUUCCUCUGGAGCGUUAUUUACUUUGUGACUCCCACGGUGCACUGCUUCUCCUGGUCCUUUGGGUCUCCCAGGUCCCCCGUGAAGACUGACGCUGUCCUGUCAAGAGCCACCGUGGUGCAUUUUACACGUGGAGAAAAAUCACGGUUCUUCUCAGGGGCAUGAAACGCCACAGAGGAGGCCAAUGAAAUUGCAUCUUCCUCCUACAGCGGUUUUCUGGGAAAACAAAGAAAUGGGGACACCCUGCCUUGAGAAAACACUUGUCAGAUCCCUAAAUCAGAC